GUUUAGUUUGGGGUAGGAGCAACUGCAGAACACACUGAGACAAAACAGAAGCUCAGCGAAGAGGUGCUCAGAGAGACAGCAAAAAGUGUAGCUUGCGCUUCACAAGACAGAAGAGAACAGAGUGUGCUGGCAGCUGGCUUCUUCCUGCCACCUCUCCUGGAUUAUUAUUAUUAUGCAGUACUCCAUGCUGCUGAGCUUUUUCUCACCACUGCUCCUUACCCUACUCAGCCAAGCAAGAGCUCAGUUCCCUCGCCAAUGUGCUACCGUUGAUGCCUUGAGAAGUGGCGAGUGUUGUCCGGAUUUGUCUCCAGUGUUCGGACCUGGUACUGAUCGCUGUGGUUUAUCUUCAGGAAGGGGUCAGUGUGUACCAGUGAUAGCAGACUCACUGCCCCAUGGCCCACAGUACACGCAUGAUGGCCAAGAUGACCGUGAGCAGUGGCCCUUACGCUUCUUCAACCGAACCUGCAGCUGCAAUGGUAACUUCUCCGGUUAUGACUGUGGGUCCUGCCGACCUGGCUGGAGUGGAGCUGCCUGUAACCAGCAAAUCCGCACAGUUAGGAGGAACCUUCUGGACCUGAGUGCGAAGGAAAGGAAUGAUUUUGUCAAUGCCUUACACCAAGCCAAGGCUACAAUACAUCCUGAUAUUGUCAUAGCCACCAGGAGACAUGAGGAGAUAUUGGGACCUGAUGGCAACACACCUCAAUUUGAAAAUGUGUCAAUUUAUAACUACUUUGUGUGGUCCCAUUAUUACUCUGUCAGAAAAACUUUCCUUGGUGCAGGGCAGCAAAGUUUUGGAGGAGUGGAUUUCUCUCAUGAAGGACCAGCAUUUCUCACUUGGCAUAGGUAUCAUCUACUGCAGCUGGAGAGAGACAUGCAGGAUAUGCUACAGGAUCCCUCUUUUGCACUUCCGUAUUGGAAUUUUGCUACUGGUGGAAACACCUGCGAUAUUUGCACAGAUGACCUGAUGGGCGCUCGAAGCAAUUUUGAUGUCUCUCUUAUAAGUCAGAACUCCAUCUUCUCCCAGUGGCGUGUGCUCUGUGAAAACCUAGAAGACUAUGAUACCUUGGGAACCAUUUGUAACAGCACAGAAGGUGGUCCGAUUCAAAGGAAUCCUGCUGGAAAUGUUGCCAGGCCAAUGGUUCAGCGUCUCCCAGAACCACAGGAUGUUGCUUGUUUAGAAGUUGGUUUGUUUGACACUCCUCCUUUCUAUUAUUCAACAGACAGUUUCCGUAAUACAGUAGAAGGCUACAGCGAUCCUUCAGGGAAGUAUGAUCCGGCAGUUCGGAGUCUUCAUAAUUUGGCUCAUCUGUUUUUGAAUGGAACAGGGGGACAAACUCAUUUAUCUCCAAACGACCCUAUUUUUGUCUUCUUGCACACGUUUACUGACGCUGUUUUUGAUGAAUGGCUAAGGAGACAUAAUCCUGAUAUUUCAAUAUACCCACUGGAGAAUGCCCCUAUUGGACAUAACCGGCAGUAUAACAUGGUGCCAUUCUGGCCUCCAGUUACCAAUAAUGAGAUGUUUGUUACUGCACCAGAAAACCUGGGCUACAGUUAUGAUGUUCAAUGGCCAAGCCGGGCUCUGCAGGUCACAGAGAUCAUAACUAUUGCAAUAGUGACUGCAUUGAUUCUGGUUGCAAUUAUUUUUGCUGGUACUACAUGUAUUGUGCACGCUAGGAAAAACAAGGAUGAACUGCAUCAGCCUCUUCUCACUGACCAGUAUGAUCGGUAUUCAGAUGAUUAUGAUAGCAUACCAACCCCAAGCCAGUCUGUGGUUUGAAGAGAUGGGUUUUUUCUACCUGCAUCUAACAGAAUCUGUUUCUUCUGCUGUAUUUUAUAAAUGCCAAUAACUGAUCUGCCCUAAAAUAAAGCACAAAAAGUGUCAAUUGUAUUGAUAUAUUUGCUUCAACUCCAAUCUCCUCUUUCAUCACACUCCAGGACCAGUAUAUCACCUCUGAAAUAUCAAGGGCUUAUCUUGAUAGACUCUCACUAAUUUCCCAACCCUCACCUUAUAGCUUCCAUUAUCCAUAUUCCUGAAUAAGUGUAGUGAUUUUCUAAAUUGUCCAGUAUCAGUAACUGGGAGUAACAACUUGCCUUUCCUGUAUUCUGUGUAGAAGCCUUUUCAUAGGUGUACCUGAAUGAAUGUAGGGCCUGAUUCUGCCAUUCUUAGUCAUACUGAAUACUAACUUACUCCACAAGUCAAUCCCCUUAGCCAACUGGAGUAAGGCAGUGUGGUCCAAUGGAUAUGGCCCUGAACUAGGACUUAGGAGACCUGAGAUCUCUUCCCAGCUCUACCACUGACAUGUUGAGUAACCUUAGGCAUGAUGCUUCCCUUAAAAAGAAAUCAUAGCUUGGUAUUAUUAGGAGGAGGAGUCAGGGUAGCAGAAUUAGGUCUUAAAAAUAGAAUUGCUUUUGUCAUUAAGGGAGAGAUUUUCAAACGCAGGAGAGCUUAGGUGCCUAACUCCCAUUUGUGCCUUUGAAACUCUCCCUUUAACUUUAGGCAUUAAAAUCAUGUCUGUUAUCUUAAUGGCUAAUUCUUAUAUAUGCUAAUAGAUUUUAACAUUUGAAUUCUCCCCUGCUAGAUUUAUGGAAGGAAUGAAAAUCAGUUUUGGUUAACACUGGUUUGAGUUAACUCUACAGUGCCUAAAUAAUUAUAUCGUUCUCUGAGCUUUAAUUAGAGCUGGUCAAAAAGUUUCCAACAAUUUUUUUUAUUUGAAAAUGUAGUUUUGUUAAAAUCAGCGGGAAAAUGACUAUUUCUUUUUACUACUUUAAUAAUUGUUUCAAAGUGACACUUUGAAAGAAAAUAUUAUCAUUCGAACUCAAAUGUUUAGCUUCAGGAUGCCAAUUUGAAACUAAAUAUUUCUUUUCAAACUGACACUUUGACUUAAAAUCUUAUUAUAAUGUUGUUCAAGUAAAAAUGUCAAUUCAAAACAAAAAUUUUGGGCUUAUAUGUACAGUUCAUUUUGACAUUUCUUUUUGAAAAUGUUGGGAGGAAUCAGUUGUAAAAUGGCCAGAAAAUCCCUUCUACUGUGCAGGAUGGAGGAGAGUAAAGUAGCAGAACUCCAGCUAACGUGAAUCUCAGCCUGUGAAGACUUCCCUGCAGGGCUUGAGAUAUCUAGUCUAUUGUGGAUCAUGCUGUGUGCCCCCUCCAUAGGCCGGCAAACCACUGGCCUUAUGGGACGAGGCCUCUGACAUACCUAAGUGACAGAUCAAAGAGUAAUUUUUUACCUUCUGUAGGUUUGUCCAAGGAAGGUUGAGGGAUUCCUUAGCUCCUAAUUCAUUACAUUAUAUUAUUAUAUAUAUAAUCUUAGGGAGAAAAAAUAAAAAGAGUGUGAGAAAGGUCCUGA